UUUGACACUCAUUGCUUAGUACUGGUUGGCUACAGGAACGGAUACACAACUGUUUAUAUAGGGAUAUAGUUUUCUACACAAUCGAACUAAACAAAAAUGUUUCAGUCGACUGAAAAUGAAAGAAAAUUGUCGCUGGUAUUAUCGGAGAUAUUAGAAGAUGUUGGUGUAAAUAUGGAAAUAAUUAUGGAGAGAAGAAGUGCGUAUAUGCUGAGGGAGAGUAUUGGAACUAUUACGCGUAGGUCAGUUGGUGAAAUCGUAAGUGUUUUCUAUCUUGGAAGUCAGUCUGAAGGUUCCACUACUGGAGGACUUGCUUCAGAUGUUGACAUUCUGAAUGUAGAUCAUAACUAUAAUGUGAUACAGGACCACGACAAGGGCUGGUUGGAGUGGAAACAAAAUAAGAUAAAUCUUCUAAUGAUACAGGAUGAAAAUGAAAAUGUAACACCUGGAUAUUGUUUCCUACAGUUAAUUCGAUCUGAUGAACCUCGCUUCGAGACAAACAUUCCUAAUGAAAAUUAUAUCAGAGAUAGAAAAGGAAGGAUCUUAUUGAACAAUUAUUUAAGGAAUUGGACACAUGAAGAUGCCGAGAGACAUGGUCCAUCUAACGCUAUAUCUGGUUAUGAAGGUUAUAGUAACGUUGACAUAGUAAAGGCCCUUCCAUGUAAUUCAUGGCCAAAAUCAGCUUCAAGUUUCCUUGAAAGACACGACGUAGAUAUAUGGUCAUCAUCUGAAAUCAAAUUUGCUGCAAGCAACGGUUGUUUUGUUGUUGGUGUUAGCAGUAAAAUAAGUACUUAUCCGGAUCAAGAAUGGAGAAUAUCUACUUCCCUAGCAGAAAGAUGUCUUAUGUAUAAUCGAAAUAUAACACAAUUUCACUGUUAUGUGUUAAUGAAAAUUAUUUUGAAAACCUUUUGGAACCCGAAACAAGAAAAUGCUUUGUCUAGCUUUAUGUGUAAAACUGUAAUGCUACACUGUAUUCAAAAUAAUACAGAACGAAACUUUUGGAAAAAGAACAACCUUGUUGCAUGUUUAAGAUUUUGCUUGCGAAAGCUUUAUAGCUUUGUUCAAAAUGACAAUUGCCCGCAUUUUUUUAUUCCUGAAAACAACCUUAUAGCCGGGCACUUUACACCAGAAGAGAAAAGUGACCUUUUAUCGAAGAUAAAUGACACAAUAAAGAGUAAUGGAAGAUGUUUGUUUCAAGUAAAAAUAGAUGAUAUUGGUCGAAGACUACAAGACAAACUGGGCUUUUAUCGUUUAAGAGGUAAUGAGAUCCGCGAUCCUUUCGAAGCAUGUUCGAGUAUGCUAAUGUUUAAUAAAGGUAAAGAAAUAAGCAAAUGUCAAUUAAUAGUUCUUGCACACAUAGGCAUAUCUGCCGAACCAAAAGAAAAACUGGUGCAACUUCUUUCAAAGCUAGCAUUCUAUAGUGAACGUGGAAACAAACUGGAGAAACUUGCAAUCAAUCGUAUUGUACCAUUUAUCUUUUCCACACUUGGGUUAAUCAUGGCAUCGUCAAGUAUUAGAGAGAAUAAUCCGAUCCAAUGUGAAGCAUUAAAGUAUAUAUCCUUGGGUUUAAACUCGGAUGCAACAUCUUGCAGGCUAAAAUUAGCGUCAAUGUUCUACUGUUCUGGUAAUAUGGAAACAACAGAAUUCAUUCUGAGACAAACUGAAAUUCGAUAUGACCGUGAUGUUUUCGAACAUGUGUGUAAUUGCUGGCGGUAUCCAUUUUCUGGUCUGUCUGAAAAAUUUAAGAGAAGAUGCCGGGAACAUAGUACAGUUUGCCAAAAUCAAGUUAUAUCAUUCUGUAUCCGAUUCACACAAAAUGAGGAAAAUAUUUGUCCGCAAGAGUUACGAUAUGAAAUGGAGAGAUCCUCGGAAAGAGAUAAACCAAACAGAAGUCCUGAAGAAAAAUUUUGGAUGGACUAUGCUGUGGUUGAUCCUCACCCUUAUCUCUAUUUCCUGCAGUAUAAGACUUACGGACAUCUACAAAGACUCCAGGAUCAACGAAGGGCACUAGGUAACUUUGAAAGGGUUGUGUUUACGGGAAAAAACUUUGGACAUAGGGAGACGGCUCUUAACCUACUCGGCCAAUGUAUGGAACAAGAAAAAAAGCCAAAGGAAGCAUUGUUUUAUUAUAUAUUAUCUCUUCGUCAACGAGCAAAACACAAUGUAGGGAAUGUUCAUAUUUGUAAUUUACUUUCAAAGUACGCCUCUUAAUAUUCAGUGGAAUAAAUAGCGCGUAGAGUCUCCACCUACAGAAAACUAUGAAAUGUCAGUUAAAGUGUACACUGUAUUACAAGUUAUUACAACGGUAUAAGGAUCAUAUAAAUUUGCACUAUAAUUUAUAUAUCUUCACUAAUGUUGUGAAAAUAACAGUGAAACCUUAUUUAAAGAUAAUUUCAGGAUAUCAGAAAUGUUGCAAAUAAAGGUAUUAUGUUCAGUUCUGCAACCUGUGAGUUUGUUAUCUGUCAGUACCCAAAGCACAUGAUAUUAUUUGACGUAUACUUCAUUUAUGUCCAAAACGUAUAAAUAAAUUUUCAGGGAAUAACAUACAUGGUUUGCUGCCAAAUGUUUGCAUGACGAUAUUACUCAGUUCCCAAUAAGUAUUUGUAUUUAGAUGAGCAAAGACAAGAAUGUUAUUUAAACAAUAUUAAUUACAUGUAUAUUGGUUCCUGAAACUUUUUAAAUUAUCUAUUCACGAAAAAACACGUCAGAUAUUUUCAAAUGACGAACAUACAAAAUAAAAAUGUAAAACAUUACGAUAAUUUACUUAUUAUUCAAAGCAUAUAUAAUCAUAUAUAAUUAUGAUAUAUUACACAUGUGUUUCUGCAUUAAUUAUAUGUCAGUGGGCCUUUAGAUAAUUUUAACAUUUACGAUGACGUCAACCGUCCGUCAAAAGGGACAAUGUUGGAAAUAAAACAAGUACAUGACUGAAAUAAUAGCUUAUAUUAUCAAAACACAUAAGGAUGUGUUGACAUUUCAAUUUAGAUUAAAGUGCUUUAUUUAUCUAUUAAAUAAUUGGAUUUUAGGUUUUGUUUAGAAAUAGAUGUAUGAAUUUACUACUUUAUUAUUGUGAGAAACAAUUCAAAACAAGUGAGGAUAUGAUGACAAACACUUAUAAAAUGCCAAAGAAGGGGGAGUUAAUUCUAACUGUUGUUUUAUCUAUGUUUAUAUAUGUUAUGUAUACGAUGUAGCA